AUGACGCGUCGUGCAAGUGGUGGCGACACUGGCGAGGGAGACGGGACAGCAGGCUCCAGUUCCUCCAAACGAUCUUCGCGUCGAGGGCGAGGAUCUAGCGACGAGGAGGCGGCUGCGGCAGCCGCUAUCAUCGGUCUUCUGGGUGCUGGAGACACCGGGGCGCAAGAGGGCAGGAGGAGUCUUCGAUCCGGUCGAAAGCUGGGCGGGGACGCGGGAAGCGGUAGUCGCACCGCCCCCGACCAUGCCGCCGAGAGCGGUGCGGAACAUGCUCAACCGACACCACCGAAGUCCACCAGACCGCACCGUGCGGCGUCUCCCAAACGUGGGAGGUGGGCAUCUGGCCGUGGCGGAGGCGCGGUUUCGGGGGCUGGAGGGAGCAGCGCCGGGGAGGAGGGGGGUGGAGAGGUGGAAGGCUCUGCAAAAGUUGGUCCAAACGAGGGAGAGGGCGAGCCUAGCAGUUCACGCGGCCCCCGGUCUUCAUCGAAGACCCGGACUGGAGGAAGCAGUGGAAGACCCCCUCGACACCCCUCGAAGAAGGGACCUUCGAAGAGGAAGGCUGAGAUGAAGCAAACUUUCCUUGACAUCGAUGGGAACGAGAUCGUGAGGAAGGCCGAGUUCCCCCGCGAGUUAGCCGACAUCGAGAAGAAGGUGCUGCUGCAGGUGAUCGAUGAUCUCCCGCAAGGCGUUGAGGCUUACGGCGCCAAAGGGGUCAGCGAAGCGAGCUACCUGUGGUGGGACUGCAACGUCUUGGAGGACACCGCGAAGACGCUAGCCGACGACGAGAACUACCAGAAUGACCCGCAGGUCCUCUUCGGCUCGAUCGAGAACUUCUCACCCAUCUACGACUGGGUGGGCUCUCAGAAGACUCAGCUCAGCACCUACGUUUAG